AGAUGUCUGAAAUCCCUACCCAAAAGAGAGAGGAGAACGACGCACCCCUCUUCAUCUUCAACAAAAAUUGAGACCCUCCCCUUUUUUUGAAAAACCCAGCAGCCUUCUCAAAAGAGAAGGAGACAGACUCCUCUCCUAUACGUAAAACCUCGCUGCGAGAGAAUAAAGAAGGCUCUAAGCUCCAGCUAUACCACCCCGUUUCCGCCAGGUACACCUUCGCUGAUUAGAAGCAGAAAUUUCAAACAAAAAAAAACGUAUAAAAGAGGGUAUUUGAUGCUUGGAUUUGAGGAACUUUUCAUCACCAUUUUCUGGGUUUCAUUUUGAUUUUCGACCGAAGGUUAACUCUGUUUGCUGCCGAUUUUGCUUCUGCUGAUUUCCAAUUUACCAAUUCCCGGCAUGUAUUCGGCCUCUCGUUUCUUCUAAGUUUAGUUCUUGAGCAGAGAGUUGUAUAAAGAGCCGGCUAAAACCCUAAUUUGAAAACCCCAUUGAGUGCAUAAACCCUUUGGAUCAUCUGCCCUUUUGGUUUUCCAUAUUGCAAUGGAGCACCAACGAGCAAGAAUAGGCGGUGAACAGCAGGAGGACACAUCAGCGACGACGCAGAAGAAAAAACGUAAAGAAGUUGCUCUGUAUGGUAACUACAGAAACUACUAUGGCUAUAGAAAUGGUAAGGAUUUGGAAGAAGAUCCAAGGUUAAAAGCUAUGAAGAAGGAGUGGUUUGAAGGCAAGGAUUGUCUUGAUAUUGGCUGUAAUAGUGGAGUGAUCACAAUCGCCAUUGCACGAAAGUUUAGCUGCCGAAGCAUCCUUGGAAUUGACAUUGAUGGUGCAAGAGUUAAUGAUGCCUAUUGGACUCUCAGAAGAGAAGUGAAGAGUCUUAGAACAGUGCCUGCAGGAGGUGACAAAUUAGCAGAAUCAAAAACUGUAAAUUGUUUAAAAGACCCGGUGGCAGAGUCACUUAAUAAAAGGGCAAAGAAUGACUGUACAACACCUCAUCAUUUGCAAGAGGGAGAUUUUUUUGACAUAGUCUCCUUCAAGAAAGGAGAUUUUAUUCAGAAUUGGCAUCCAAGAGACAAUACAUCUUAUGAUACAAUUAUUUGCUUAAGCGUGUCAAAGUGGGUGCAUUUAAACGGGGGAGAUGACGGACUAAUAGCUUUGUUUUCCAAAGUCUGGAGGCUCCUUUCACCGGGUGGUGUGUUUAUUUUGGAGCCUCAGCCUUGGAAAUCAUACUACGAGAAUCGUCUUGUAUCUGAGACAACAAGAAUUAAUUAUCAAAAUAUUAAGAUCCGCCCAGAAGAUUUUCAAGACAUACUUUUGGACAAGAUUGGAUUUAGAAUGGUAGAGGACAUAACAUCUAGUGUAUCUGGUUGCAAAACUGGCUUUAAAAGACCUAUUUUGGCAUUCUGGAAGUGAUGUGUUAAGUUAUGAAAUUGCUUUUUGUUUGACUGAAAAUUAGUGUUGUAUAUAUGUGGAUUCCAGUAGGGAGCUAUUACAUGCUUAAAACAAGUUUGGGAUUGGCUCUAAUACAUCUUAUUCUCAUCCAGAAUCAUCAGAGUUUGGACAAACUGUCUAGAAAUUCCAAUUUUCAA